UGACAUAAAAAAUAUUGAAAAUAUGAAAAAAUUAUUUUUCGUAACUAUAACAAUCUUGUUAACAAUAUCGAUCGAAGUUUGUGUGUCGCAGUUUGCUGCCAUUCAUCAGCCAAAGUCAAUCAGAAAUGGAGCUGCAUAUCAUCAAGAAGUCUUUUAUGGUGGAAAUGAUCAGCCUCAACAGCAACAAACUUUGCAGCAAAUCCAUCAACAAACUUUCAAGUUUAAUUUUCCACAAAACUUGAUCCAACAAAAGCCAAUUCCAGUUCCAACAAUUGUACCGACAACAACAACAACAAUAAGACGUGUUGAAGCUUUUGAGGAUGAGGAGGAAUUUGAGAACACGCCACGUCCAAUUGUGCCUGGAAUUCAACGUCAAGGUCCAAUUUUGAGACAACAAGUAGAAGCACUUCCAGCAACGACUCAAGAAACAACUGAGCGUGUUCGAACAACAACAGCGGAACUGACAUCCGAGGAACUUGAACAUCAAGCAAAGUCAGCUCAUUAUGAGUUUGGCACUUCCGUUCGUGAUACAAUCAACGAUCAUGAGCAUGUCAGGCAGGAAGUUCGUGAAGGACUUACAUUGAAAGGAAUGUAUUCAUAUUCUGAUGGAUUCUUCCGAAGAACUGUCCAUUAUGAAGCUGAUGAAGGUGGAUAUAGAGUCACAAAGGAGGAAAUCCAACCAAUUACUGGCGAUGGACCAAAAUUUAAUCCAAAAGGUCAAGCUGAUGUUAAAAGCACACUGUCUGGUGAUUAUUCAAUCACUGUCGAUGACUUCAGGUUGAAUAAGCAGCAGGAAAAAAUUUUGUCGGAUGAUGUGAACAUUGAUGUUAGGGUUGAGGGGCUUUAGAUUUUGGAGGGGAUUAGCUGAAUUGAUGCUCAAGUAUUUAACAUUUCUUUGAAUAAGUUUUUAUUUUUUUAUGUGAACUGAACUCAUCCAUUUUUGAAUAAAAAGCUG